AUGGGCGCUCUUUGGGUUAUCUACUCAAUCUUUGUCUUGUUUCCAUUGUCUCAGUCUACCACUAUAUCGCGGAAGUAUACCGCAAAACUAGACCUGGAUGAUAAGAAAUCAAAUGACGAACGUUUUGGAGAAUACAAUUCUACAUCAGUGAGAGAAUGCGCAGCGCACUGUCAAAGGGAGUGUAGUUUAUAUGGAUUUAAUCCACAGAUGAAGAAAUGUCGUAGCCACAAGAAAAUUUUCACGUCGGGGAUGUCUAAGGAGGAGGGCUGGAGAUACUACUCUCAUGACUUUAUUCCCUUAGAAUGUAAGGAUCUUCACGCAGACGGUCAGACUAAUACAGGGGUGUAUGAAAUUUACCCCCAUGGCACCAUUACCAGUCCUGUCAGAGUUUACUGCGAUAUGGAGACAAUGGACGGAGGAUGGACGGCAAUCCAAAAACGUGUCAAUGGAUCCGUGAGUUUUGACAGGACCUGGGCGGAAUAUAAGAAUGGUUUUGGUUCACCGGAACAGGAUGUCUGGGUUGGAAAUGACGUAAUCCAUCAGUUAACAAAAGGAAACAACUCAUCCCUUUAUGUGUCCAUCACUCUCCAGAAUGGUAUAACGCUGUAUGAAAUGUACGAUCGAUUCUCAGUCUCCAAUGAAACAGAGAAAUAUCAACUCAUUCUUGCAGGACCUGCCACGGGAACCUUAGGAGACAGUAUGUUAAUCACCCUUGCUUCUAAGCACGAACUGUCUGGGAUGUACUUUAGUACCCCGGACAGAGAUAACGACAGAGGGGACGUAAAGCACUGUGCUGCUAACGGUAAACGUAGAGGGGGCUGGUGGUUUAACGCCUGUCACCAGGCCUUCCUUAACGAAGACCUCACGAGGUACCGUCAAGGAAUAGUUCAUGAGUUGUCUAAGGCGAAAAAAGCGGAAGUGAUAGAUUCGUACUGGACGAACGACGGACGCAUUUUUGUGAAGGUCGAGGAGAUGGGUCCAAAACAACUGAUCCGCACCUUUAAUGGCCUUGAUCUUAUUGCUCCAGGUUCAGGAUCUGAGUAG